AUGUCCUCUUCCUCGGCUGCACAUGUAAAUAGCUUGGUGCUGGAUGCGACGCCACUCAUCACACAGUCGUACUCGCACUAUCAGAAUUAUGCCAAGGAGUUUCACACUACACCUACGGUUUUUCAAGAAAUAAAAGAUGAGCAAGCGAGAAAGAAUUUGGAGUUAUGGCGUGCACUGGGAACUCUAAAACUUCGUCAACCUUCGGCCAACUCCGUCAAGAGAGUGAGUGAUUUUGCUAAGCUCACAGGCGAUUACUCGGUUUUGAGUGCCAAUGAUAUUCACAUCAUCGCACUUGCAUACGAACUGGAAACGGAAUUAAAUCAAGGGGACUGGAGGCUGCGCAGGAAGCCAGGCGAGGACCUGACGGUGGCAUUGGCUUCUGAGGCAACGAUAGAGAAGACUGCUCAGCAAGAAACUCAGACAGAGAAGAAUAAAGCCAAGAAAAAUCGCAGAAGAGGAGGCAAAAAACAGCGUGAAAAACAGCAACAGCGGGAGCAACAGACGGAGCAGGAGCAAGAGCAAGAGCAGGUGCAAGAGCAGGUGCAGAAAGUUGAACAGACCGCCGACACGCAGGCUGAAAAGGAACCCGACCAUCGCAGUCUAGGGGAGCCAAGCGCUGGGGUAGUUGUCGAACCUUCAAAUCUGGACUUGCCAACGACCUCUACUGGGAUGAGAGAACCUGGGAAUGUGGAUUCAGCAUCCUACUUCGAAGAUGACGAUGAUGGGGAUUGGAUCUGUCCAGAGAACCUUACAGAAACAAUGAUAAAAGAUAGCGGUGAGGACACGACAGGCUCGCAUGUUCGUGAGGAUCUCAAUGGAUACAUGUCUGAAAACCACUUGAAACUUCCACAAAAUCAAGUAGCAUUGGCAACUGGCGAUUUUGCAGUUCAGAAUGUGGCCUUGCAGCUGAAUUUGAACUUGAUGAAUUUUCUGUCGGGCCUUAGAAUCAAAAAGCUUCGUAAUUACAUGCUCAGGUGUCAUGCUUGCUUCAGGAUUUUCCCUCUCCCCAAGGAUGGAAGCCCCAGGCACUUUUGCUCGUCGUGUGGAGGCUACAACACUCUAAUGCGAUGCGCAGUCUCCGUUGAUGCUUCUACGGGUGAGAUAACUCCACAUUUGAAAGCUAACUUUCAGUGGAACAACCGUGGGAAUAGGUACUCGAUGGCGAGUCCGCUGUCCAAAAAUUCCCAGAAACGAUUUGGCAAAAAAGGAUUUGUACACACGAAGCACGGACAAGACGUGGAAUUACUAAGAGAAGAUCAGAAGGAGUACGAAAAGGCGCUUAAACAGGAAGAAUGGACUCGUAGACAUAACGAAAAAGUUUUGAGCGAUUGGACUGGCGGUGGCUCUGCGGACAACUUCAUCUCCCCAUUUGCCAUUUCCGGUCUCAAACACCAUUCAGUAAAGGUUGGUCGCGGUCGUCAAGCGAACAGUGUCAAACGCAAGAAGUAG